AUGGAUCAACCAAUAAGGAGUGUCCCGGAGAUGGAAAGCUUUCUCCGAUGUAGAGAUCUACCAAGUUACUAUAGAGAUAAAGAGGUCAACCGUCGAAAUCUAGAUUUUAUCAAUACUGCAACGUUACAUUCAAUUCAAGCCAAGGCUCACAUGCUUAAUACCUUCGACGAUAUCGAAGCUCCAAUUCUAUCGCAUUUGAGAUCUUACUGCCCCAACCUAUACACACUGGGACCUCUUAAUGCCCUGUUGAAUACACUUAGAAGUAGUACUACUACUAAAUUUUCUUCUUCAUUACCUGUUUCUUCCAAUGCUAGUCUGUAUGCAGAAGACAGAAGUUGCAUGACUUGGCUCGAUGGACAGCCCAAGAAAUCUGUAGUUUAUGUAAGCUUUGGUAGCAUCGCGACUGUGAGUCGGAAGCAAUGGUUGGAGAUUUGGUAUGGAUUAAUCAAUAGCGGUCAUAGAUUCUUAUGGGCUAGACGCCCAGAUUCGCUUCUUUUAGAAGAUGGCGAGGAGAAUCAAAUACAGGCGGAGAUUGUUGAGGCAACAAAAGAGAGAGGUUACAUGGUGGAUUGGGCACCGCAAGAAGAGGUGUUGAAUCAUCCAGCUGUUGGUGGAUUUUUUACUCAUAGUGGAUGGAAUUCGACUCUGGAAAGUAUGGUUGCUGGAGUGCCCAUGGUUUGCUGGCCGCAUUUGGCGGAUCAGCAGAUUAAUAGUAGGUAUGUCAGUGAGGUAUGGAAAAUUGGAAUGAACAUGCAAGAUGAUUCUGAUAGAAUAACAGUUGAGAAGUUAAUUAGGGAAAUGAUGGUUGAUAAGAGAGACGAGUUGAUGAAAUCGGCUUCGAAGGUCGCAGAGAUGGCACGAAGGAGUGUUGGUCGUGAAGGGUCAUCUUACCGCAAUUAUGAAGCUUUGCUUGAAUUCAUUAGAAAGUCGUGUUUAAUCUACAAGCUAGCUUAA